AUGAACUUUAGGCUGUGCGUUACUCUGUCUAGUGGGCAAUUAGGAGAUCUGGCGCCUGUCUCUUGCAACAAAAAGCUUCUGCUUUGCAUUUGUUUAGUUCUAGUGAGGUUUGAUACUAUAAUCAUCUUUGAGCUGUUUGCAGACACAGUUCCAAAGACAGCAGAAAGCUUCUGUUUGUUGAGCACUGGGGAGAAAGGUUUCGGUUACAAGGGAUCAUGUUUUCACAGAGUAAUUCCUGGAUUCAUGUGUCAGGGUGGCGACUUUACCCGCCACAAUGAAACAGGUGGUAAAUCUAUUUAUGGUGAGAAGUUUGCCAAUGAGAACUUCAUACUCAAGCACACAGGCCCUGGCAUUUUAUCUAUGGCAAAUGCUGGUCCCAAUACAAACGGGUCUCAGUUCUUCAUCUGCACUGAGAAAACUGAGUGGCUGGAUGGGAAACAUGUGGUCUUUGGCCAAGUCAGAGAGGGAAUGGACAUUGUGAGGAAAAUAGAGAGUUUUGGGUCAAAGAAUGGCAAGCCGAGCAAGAAGAUCACCGUCACUGAGUGUGGAGAUCUGAAAUAACGUUCUGUUGUCUUAACAAAUUCACCAUUAGUCCCCUCUAAAUCUUUAUGCUCCUGACUUACUGCUGGGUUUCUACUGGGUUUCAAAUUCUGCUCCCUCACAAGUCCAGCUGGACUGAAGACAAAUUUGUUUGCAAAAUGAAAUAAAACAAGUUAAACAAAAAAAAAA